UUACUACUCAGUCCUAAGAACAUCUACUGCGACAAUAUGGGGCUCUCUGGACCUGAAUUGGUUAAAGCUAAGGGUACAAUCACGGAGCCUGUCAUCCUGACUCUGAAGGACGGCAGUAAGGCCACUCUUUUACCCUUUUACCAUACUGAUUUAGACACCCCCAAGCUUCCUUCGAGCCUCGUUGACUUCUUGUAUCAAGAGUUUAACAAGGAGAUCGAAAAGGGCGACACCUAUCCCCAGUUGAACCAGCUGACCCGCACCGAAUUCACGGAUUACUGGUUUGGCGCAUUCACUGCGAUCCUGUUCGACGGCACCGAUGUCUCCUUGACUCCAGCCACCAAAUGGGAAGAGGUGGUGCUUGGUACCUACUACAUCAAACCAAACUACGUGGGCAGAUGCUCCCACAACUGCAAUGCUGGGUUCCUCGUCAACCCACGCUUCAGAGGAAAGAGCAUUGGCAAGGCACUGGGCGGCUCGUAUCUCAAGUGGGCCCCAAUAUUGGGGUACACCUACUCCGUGUUCAACCUCGUGUUUGUUACAAACGUUGCAAGCGUGAAGAUCUGGGACUCCUUGGGCUUCGAUAGAAUCGGCUAUCUCAAGAACGCCGGCAUCCUGAAGGGCCACGAGACACCAGUCGAUGCCAUCCUGUUCGGCAAGGACCUCUGAGCCAUUGCAAUCUCUGAUUAGAAUGUAUUUGUUAUAUAAACGAUGAUGUUGCC